CCUGAGAUGGAAAGCCGAGAUGGUUCUUGCAAGAAGUGGAAUGCAAACUCUAAAUGCACCAGGAUUAAGAUAGAAACAGUGACUCCAUCUUUAUAUUGCGAGCAUGACCUUUGUUGCCUUUUCUUCUUUUGCAUACACUAGCGCUAUGCGAAUGCACUACUAUUCUUCUUUAGUGAUAUUGCCUGUGCGAUGGUGCAAAAGAAGAAGAGGGGAACAAAUAUAAUGCUCUGAAAUAGAAAGUCGGAGUCUAUCCUAGUCGCUGGUGCAGUUGAAGUUUGUUUGCCAUUUAUUUUAUGGUAGAAGAAAAAAAAAAAAAAAAAAUUAUCAAAAGAUGCAAAGAGAGAAAAAAUACAGUGGGGAGGGACGUCGAUUCUGUUAUAUACAGGAGUUUCUAAACGUGCAAAUUCUAUGAAGUUAUUGUUGGCGGAUCACACAAAUCUUAUGAGAAAUGCUUGAUUUGUUGUUCAUGCUUGUAUUAAAUCCCAAUGUCGAUCUUAUUUCUGAGUUUUUCUCCCAUUAAUGCUAUCCAAACAAAAGCUAGAAUAUUAUCUCAACGCAAAUCCCUUUUCCCAGUCCCGAAGGGAAUGGAUGCUAGCCAUGAGUGCUUUUUGGAUGAUCACUAUGGUCAGCACCAAUAAGAUGCCCUAUUUCUUGCAUAACAACUGAUUCCUAUUCUGCCGCAUUAGCUUCAGAAUUGACACUCUAAUGGAACCUUACUUGUCUGCUUGAUGGAAUGCCAUGGGCUAAAAUCUCUCAAGGAUCAAAGGAGGCUCUGCUGUUAUUAUGGGCCAAUUAAUGGAAUCCAAAUUCAGUAUCUGAUGCGGAACUCAUAGCUAAGAACUUCUUGGAAAGCCCCACGAUAGAACUGAGCUAACAGUUUUCCUUAUGCUUGGUUUAUGCACCCUGAUUUUAUGUUCUGUAGAUUUAUAAGGCGUGACUUUCAGCUUGUUCAUUGUAUAUUAUUCCAAAUCUUGUUGGUUACAAUCCCUACAAAACAGUAGAGGUCUGGUGUCAUAAACCCCCCACAUAUUCAUCAUUGGCUUAUAAAAGCCUCCAGCUUUUGUAGCCAAAAAAAGCAGGACCUCUCCUUUCCUCUUUAUCUUCUCAUAUUCCAAAAAUAACAGAACUUUCAAGGGUAAUUAUGUGAUUAGUGAAGUAAGAGAUACCAAAACAUGAAAAUCUGUGUACAUUAACAUGUGUAUAUAUAGUAAACAUGAAGGACUAAUGGAUAGUGACAAUUUCUUCAGGUAGUUCUCCUAUUUUGGGGCUGCCUUUUGAUUACAGCCUCUAGCUGGAGAAAUGUUCUAAAAGCUUUCCAUGUCACCAUCUUUCCUUAUCGUUCUUCAACCGACAAACAGAAAAUUUUCUGCAUCCCAUUUCCUGCAGGACCACCCCAUUUUGGCUGCAUUUUCAGGUUCUUUUGCAUCAUCAGAAACCGGUGAUUGUGCUAGAGGUAACAUGUAACAUUUUUUACCACCAGUUUCUUCGACAAAAUAUCCAAUCUUGCCACUUUCGGAACCAUUGAUCAAUUCUUAUGAAAGCUCUCUGAUAAGGUAACAUGCACGUAACAGUUUGUUCAUGAUAUGGACAACAAUUUUCUGUGUUUAUCCCAAGGAGCCAGAAAUAUGUUUGUAGGGCAGGAUAGAAUGGGAUCGCAAUUUGUCUUGCAUUAUUGUUCGUUCUUAUGCCUUUGAAAUUGUAGUUUCACUCUCAUUUGAGUUUCUUCGAACAAUGUCUUUCCAAUAUCCUUUUAGAAACUUCUCAGUGGGAGCUUCCUUAUCAUCUGUACCAGAAAAAAUACCAUAUGAUCCAUUGACAAGUACAACGCCUCAGAAUACCGUCACGUGCGCCUACCAGGCUUAUGUUGCAGGUUAUUGGCGUAAUCUCACGGUUUUUUGGUGCAAGAACCAUAUGAAUCACACCCUCAACCUCAUUAUCAAUAACCUUGAAGGUGAAGUUUGUCGCAAUUGCAAGAUUGACCUUAAGCCUUGGCUUUUCUGGAGCAAAAAAGGGAGCAAGUCCUUCGAGCUUGAAGGGUGCCAAGUGGAUUUACAUUGGGACUUCCGAUCAGCUAAAUUUGCUGGGAGUCCUGAGCCGGCCAGCGAUUAUUAUGUUGCUGUAGUUUCAGAUGAAGAGAUUGUAUUAUCGUUGGGAGAUUACAAGAAAAAGGCUUAUAAGAGAGCGAAUGCAAGACCACCACUUGUUGAGGCUAUCUUAUAUUUGAAAAAGGAACACGUAUUUCACAAGAAAACCUUCUCAACAAGAGCUAAAUUCGACGAAAAGAAACAUGAGCAUGAUAUUAUUGUAGAGAGUUCUACAGGAGGGCCAAGAGAUCCUGAAAUGUGGAUUAGCAUGGAUGGAAUCAUCAUGAUUCAUGUUCGGAAUUUACAGUGGAAAUUCAGAGGGAACCAAACUGUGAUGUUGAGCAGGCAACCAGUUCAAGUGUUCUGGGAUGUCCAUGAUUGGCUGUUUUCUGCCCCUGGCACUGGCCAUGGAUUGUUCAUAUUCAAACCAGGGGUUUCAGAAUCAGAAGAUGACAGGGAUAGCAGCAGUUAUGGUGCCCAGAGUGAUACCAGUGAUGGGAGUAUGUAUUUUUCAACCAGGAGUGUCUCAGCAACACCAGAAUUCUGCCUUUUCCUUUACGCCUGGAAGAUCGAGUAAGGUUUGUUGUAAUAUAUGGAAAUGGCUACAUGACACAAGCGUUCUUAUGGCUAGAACUUUCCCUGCCAGAAGAAGCUUAACCUGUAAAGUUAGUUACCAGUUAUCUCCCUGAUCUGAGCCCUUUUAUGGAUCUAUAUCAGACACAUUAUAUUUUCCAGGUCCAUUGUGGAAGCAUAGUUGAGAAUUUCAACAUGCAGUUUUAUCCACUA